AUGGUGUCGUGGAACUCGUUGAUUCUCGGCUACGCAGAGAGAGGCGAGGAAGAGCUCGCUCUGGGACUCUUCUGGUCCAUGGAAGCUCAGGGCUUCUCCCCGGAUGAUAGACCGUUCUCAAAGCGUGUACCAAGCUUGCCGAGAAGGUCAUCGGCCUCGACGGAGGCCUACUCCAUCGCCAACUCCCUCACCUUCGUGGCUGCUCUCAGCGCCCGCAUUGCGUCGAGGGAACCGGAUCGAGAACUCGAUGGAAGGAUUGUGAAGCUAGAAUCGCUGUCCAGGGGCAAACGCAUCCACGCACAAGCUGUAAGCUGCCGCUGCGACUCGGAUACCAUGGUGCACAUGUACGCCAAGUGCGGUACCCUGGUCGACUGCAUGCCUUGUAGAACAGUGGUGUCGUCGAACGUCCUGUUGCUCGGCUACGCAGAGAAUAACGAGGUCGAGCUUGGCCUCGACUUGUUCUCUCGGAUGAUUGCUGGUGACGAAAGAAUAGCACCAAUCUUUUGUCACAGCUCCCACACCUUUCUAAUUUGA